AUGGCUAACGCGCGACGACGUCAUCACCGCCCCCUCCUUUGCCGAAGACGAGCAGCACAGAUGGUCGACCCCUCGCUUCCGUUGGCCCCUCAUCUGCGCAACUCGGUGACGCUGUGCGACUUUCGGCUGCGACGCCCGUCAGCGGAGGCUGAACCGACUUUCUUCGGCUGGGUUCGACGCUUCCUGCAAAAGGAGGGCAAGCCUUGCCCGAGCGGAUAUUUCAUGAAGACCUCCGUCAGUCUGUGUAAGUGA